AUGGCAGACAACAUCCGUCGAGCCUUUCAAGACAUUGAUUUGGGCAUCAAUGAUGCCUCUUUUGUCCUUCCCCCGGAGAUCGUCCGCCAAGCAGAAGAAGAAAACCGUUUCAUUCUUAUCGGUCGACCGGUCAUGCCUCGCCGUCAAAAUCUUCGUGCGAUUAUUGCCACCAUGCCCAGAAAUUGGGGACUUGAAGGAUUGGCCAGAGGGCGAAUCAUCGAACAUCGCCGCUUCCAGUUCGUCUUCCCCUCGGAGGAGGCGAUGGAGAGAGUCAUCAGAAGAGGACCGUGGGCCUUCGCAGAUCGAAUGUUGGUACUACAACGAUGGACCCCGUUAAUGGAUCUAGCUUUGCUUGACUUUAUCCCUUUCUGGAUCCAAAUCCGAGGGAUCCCGUUCCAAUACAUGAACCGUGAAGUCAUCGUUUCCAUUGCGCGUACUAUGGGUCAGUACAUCCAAAUGGAUUACAAUGAAGAGAAUGGGAGUCGUUUGGAUUUUGUCAGGGUCAGAAUCAACUGGAACAUCGCUAAUCCCCUACGUUUCCAAAGGAACUAUCAAUUUGUUAUGGGAAUCAACAUGACCCUCCGGUUCCAAUACGAAAGACUUCGUGGAUUCUGUGAACUCUGCGGAAUGCUCACUCACAAUUCUGGAGCAUGUGUCAUCAACAAUGGCGGCCCGGAUCAAGUAGAUGAAGAUGAUGAUGAUGAUGAUGAUAGUGGAGAGGAAAAUGAGGCUCCUGAGCUUGUGCCAAACCAAGGGGUAAUAAUUGAAGAAGUUAACGAUGAGGAAGAACAUCAAGAUGAUGCUGAAGAUGGAGGCAAUGAGCAAGAAGCAGACGAGGAGGCAGGACAAGAAGAUAUGGAGGAAGAAGAGAAAGAGGAUGAGCUAUGGAAUGGCUUAGGCAUGCGUACGAUCUUUACAGAUGAUGUCAUCACUGAGGAGAUGCACAAUCCAAUUGAUCCUUUUGGAGUCAAAGCUGACAGAGAAGUUGGGAUGAAGAGGAAGGCGUGA